GUGUGCUCCCCGGGUAAUCUAAGACGCACGUGGGUGAAGGAAAGAGGCGAGCGAAGGGAACCGUGGACGAAGACUUCCGAGCUCCGACCGCGCUCAGAACCACGUACCAAUUCUUCUCCCUUUUCUCUCUCCAGGUCGCAUCGCGAAAACCUUAUCUCGAUCUUUGAAACCCUAGAUCUGAGAUCCCCUGUUCUUGUUACAAGAGAAGGGAACCAUCUUUAUCUUCCUCCGGCGACUGGCAUCUCUCUCUCUCCCUUCUUCUCUCUGGGAGAUAGGGCUAUAAUCGCCGUGAUCUGGGGUUCCGGAGCCCUUCGUUCGUCUCGGUGCCGGAAAUCGGGCUUCAGAAGAGAUGCCUGUGGCCGCGUCGGCCAUAUACUUCCUUAAUCUUCGCGGGGAUGUCCUCAUCAACCGCCUUUACCGCGAUGACGUCGGUGGCAAUAUGGUGGACGCAUUCCGAAUGCAUAUAAUGCAGACAAAAGAACUUGGUACUUGUCCUGUUCGGCAAAUUGGAGGGUGUUCUAUCCUUUACAUGAGAAUCAGUAAUGUCUACAUUGUGAUUGUUGUUAGCAGCAAUGCCAAUGUUGCUUGUGCUUUCAAGUUCGUUGUUGAGGCUGUUGCAUUGUUUAAAUCUUAUUUUGGUGGAGCAUUUGACGAAGAUGCCAUCAGGAAUAAUUUUGUUCUGAUCUAUGAGCUUCUUGAUGAAAUUAUGGAUUUUGGUUAUCCCCAAAAUCUUUCACCUGAAAUUUUGAAGCUUUACAUCACUCAAGAAGGAGUUCGCUCUCCAUUCUCAUCGAAGCCAUCAGAAAAGCCAGUCCCAAAUGCAACACUACAAGUUACAGGUGCUGUUGGUUGGAGACGUGAGGGUCUUGUAUAUAAGAAGAAUGAGGUUUUCUUGGACAUUGUUGAAAGUGUUAAUCUUCUUAUGUCUUCUAAAGGGAGCGUUCUACGUUGUGAUGUGACUGGAAAGAUUCUUAUGAAGUGCUUUCUCUCUGGGAUGCCUGAUCUAAAAUUAGGCUUAAAUGACAAAAUUGGUCUUGAAAAGGAAUCGCAGCUCAAGUCCAGGCCAGCAAAAAGUGGAAAGACCAUUGAACUUGAUGAUGUUACUUUUCAUCAAUGCGUAAACCUGACAAGGUUCAACUCAGAAAAGACAGUCAGUUUCGUGCCUCCUGAUGGUGAAUUUGAGCUGAUGAAGUACCGUAUUACCGAGGGUGUAAAUCUUCCAUUCCGAGUUUUGCCAACAAUCAAGGAAUUGGGUAGGACACGCAUGGAAGUCAAUGUCAAGGUGAAGAGUGUUUUUGGCGCAAAAAUGUUUGCACUAGGUGUUGUAGUUAAGGUUCCAGUACCAAAGCAAACAGCCAAGGCAAGCUUCCAAGUGACAUCAGGUCGAGCCAAAUAUAAUGCCUCUAUUGAUUGCUUGGUUUGGAAGAUAAGAAAAUUUCCUGGACAAACUGAAACGACUAUGAGCGCAGAGGUUGAGUUGAUUUCUACAAUGGCAGAAAAAAAGCAGUGGACUCGACCUCCAAUUCAGAUGGAAUUUCAGGUUCCUAUGUUCACCGCAUCAGGUUUACGAGUCCGAUUUCUCAAGGUUUGGGAGAAGAGUGGAUACAACACAGUAGAGUGGGUUCGUUACAUCACAAAAGCUGGGUCAUAUGAGAUAAGAUGUUAGAAUCUGUGACUGCUCUCAUGCAUGUCGACAAAUCUGUUUGGUCAGAAACCCAGCUUAAUGUCCAGUGUUGAGAGCAGAAUGCUAUACUUCAUCAUGCAUUUGCUGUUCCUGCAAGACAGCCUCUAGUGUUUCCUCAUUGAUGUGUAUCUUGGUAACAAACAAGCUAUGUGUUCUCUGAUAGGUUCUGGUGGAAGAUCAGUAUGGUAUUUGUAAUUGCUGGAAAUUGGUUUAUUUUGGUAGUGAUGAUGCUUUGUCUAUGAGGUUUACUGAAAGUGAUCAAAGAUUAUUGAAGUGAACAAGACAAACUUGGUUUUCAUUUA